AUUUUUCACACACCGUCCUCUCGUACGAAGUUAAAGCGUAUUUCCGCAAAACGGGGAUAGGAAACGGUCGAGCUGGAGAAUCACGUCCCGUCGUCGUCGUCGUCGACGAGAAUUAAAAUGACGCGCGUGUUGUCCAGCAGCACACCAGCUCGCCGUCACCGUCGCGUACAGUCGCUCACCUACGCCUAGUGCAGACCACUUUCAGUUACCGCUUGGCGAGCUCCUCCAACGCUCGAUUCUCGAUUCUCUCGCGAACGGGAAGGAAAAAAAAAAAGAAGCAAAAAUACGCGAACAGUGUCGUAAAUUUCGUCGCGACGACGUCACCGGCGGUUCGCCUUCUCGAAUAUGUGCUGAAGAAGCUGCGGUCGAUCAGCUGACGGGGGGGUUUCUGUGCGAUCGAGGAACUCCUUUUUUCGAUAUCGAUAAGACCCCGUUUCGCGUGUCACGUGACGUAUUAUGCAUGUAUAGAAGUGCUGGAGUUGUUGCAAAAUUUGUGAUUAGAAAGUGAUUGUUUUGAAACGGAGCGAAAAUAAUGGAUGGGGUUAUGUGGAUUUUGGCGAGAAACUAAGCCACAAUGCGGAGCACAAACCCGGCCGUGAGUUACCGCCACGAGCCCGGUCGAUAUUCUAGCCUUAGCCCUCUGAGAGGUCCCACGGUGACGGCGAUUAGCGAUGUUUGCGACAAAACGGUGGUCAGGAUCCGCAGGACGGGCGUGCAGCAGGAGAGGAUCCGCGUCGUUUGCACGACCAGGAGGCAGCACGUCAGCAGGAUGGUCGCCGUAUCGGACGUGUGUCACACGUUGCCCUCCCUGCGAAAGCACGUCACUGUUAUCAGUUUCCCUCCGAAAAUGGAGCGCUCCCAAAUAGUCAACACCAUGGGCAGCUCGGACCACAUACAAGAACAGACCUACAUCCAAGCGCCCAGCUUCGUCCAAUCGCAGAACUACGAUUACAAAACCAACUCAUCCAGCUCCAUCUACUGCAGAUCGCCGAACUCCACGCCUUACGGCUCCGCCUCCCAGCCGCUCCACAAGAAAGGCACGCUCCGCAACGGCGACGUCCUCAAGAGGUCCAGAGUACAAACAACGUACGAGCUCUCCCAGGACAUCCUGGACAAGCAGAUCGAAGUGCUCGAACGGAAAUAUGGCGGCGAUAGAGCUCGAAGCGCCGCGCUCACCAUCCAAAGGGCCUUCAGGCGCUACACGUUGCUCAAGAAGUUCGCCGCCAUCACGGCGAUGGCCAAGGCGGAGAAGCGCAUCAGCAGGAGGCUGCCCGCCGGCGGCGACGAUCGCAGCCCGACGCCCGCGACGGAGCAGUCCUGCAACGAGUACGCGUACACGUUCGAGAACCACGACUGCAACUCGGCGAGGAUGAUGCCCGUGAGGUCGAUGUCGUUGCGCGAGCGGAGGCACAUCGAUAACAUGCAGAUACCCCGGAGUCAAUCGGGUACUCCGACGGUUUGUUGGGAGAAUUACUCGUCGUCGUCUUUGCAACAUUAUUAUUCCCCGGCGGAGAGUAAAUCGGAUACUUCGACGCAAGUGACUCCGAGCAGCAGUUCUUGCAACACCCCAGGGUCUUCUUCGAACGGGUACAUGAGAUCGAGGAACAGCUUAUCGAGCAGGAAAGUGCCGCCGGAGGUGCCGAAGAGAACCUCGAGCAUAUCGUCUAAAUCGAUGGAGCCGAAUCGGCAGAAGUGCAACGGUUUGAUCAAAACCACCGAGAACGGGUCUCUGUCGAGCGUGCAGAGCUCGGGUAGCGACAGCAGCGUUUCCACCGAAAGGUUGCAUUGCGAGUACGCCAACUCGCCGAUAUGGAAGCGCAAGGGCGGCAGCGCCUCCGAGUACGCCGAACCGGCCUUAGAAACUAGUCUCGGUAAUAUAUCUAAUGUCAGUUCGACGUACACUUUGGUGGAAAGAGCGGCCGAACAACAAACCCCGAAUAGCUAUAAGAUAUCGGAAACCAUCCGCAAGCGACAGUACCGCGUCGGAUUGAACCUGUUUAACAAAAAACCCGAGAAAGGCAUCGCUUAUCUCAUACGAAGGGGAUUCCUGGAGAGUUCACCGCAAGGAGUUGCGAGGUUUUUGAUCUCGCGCAAGGGCUUGAGCAAGCAGAUGAUCGGCGAGUAUUUGGGCAACUUGCAAAGUCCAUUUUGCAUGGCUGUGUUGGAAUGCUUCGCGGCCGAACUCGAUCUAUCCGGAAUGCAGGUGGACGUGGCUUUGAGGAAGUUCCAGCAGCAUUUCAGGAUGCCGGGCGAGGCGCAGAAGAUCGAAAGGCUGAUGGAGAUAUUCUCGCAGAGAUACUGCCAGUGCAAUGUGGAUAUCGUAGGGAAAUUAAGAUCGCCGGAUACGAUUUUCGUGUUGGCGUUCGCAAUAAUAAUGUUAAACACGGAUUUGCACACGCCGAGCAUCAAACCGGAGAGGAGGAUGCGUUGCGACGAUUUCAUCAAGAAUCUCAGAGGCAUCGACGAUUGCGGCGACAUCGACAGUAACAUGUUAACGGGUAUAUACGAUCGAGUCAAAGCCAACGAAUUCAAGCCCGGUUCGGACCACGUAACGCAAGUACUCAAAGUACAAAGUACCAUCGUGGGUAAGAAACCGAACAUGGCCCUACCUCACCGUAGGCUGGUGUGCUACUGCCGGCUGUACGAAAUACCGGACAUCUACAAAAAAGAGCGACCCGGCGUGCACCAACGCGAGGUGUUCCUCUUCAACGACCUGCUCGUCAUCACGAAGAUCCUCAGCAAGAAGAAGUCGUCGGUGACGUACACGUUCAGGAAUAGCUACCCGUUGUGCGGAAUGGUCGUGACGCUGUUCGACGUGCCGCAUUACCCGUACGGCAUCCGGCUGAGCCAGCGCGUCGACCAGAAGGUCCUGGUGACGUUCAACGCGCGAAACGAGCACGACCGGUGCAAGUUCGCGGAGGAUUUGAAGGAGGCCGUCAGCGAGAUGGACGAGAUGGAGAACCUUCGGAUCGAGGCCGAGCUGGAGAGGCAGAAGUCGAAUAGAGGUGGCGGUAGAACAGGUACGGAGAAUCGCGAUAGCGGCGUGGCGGACGUGGAGGUGUUCCCUUACCAGUGCCCUUGUUCGCAAAUGCCAUCGGCGAAUAUGAACGAGGAAGAUGUACAGCACGAUCAGCAAAUCAAACGGUCCGCGCUGAGCAACUCUUUGAUCGACAUCCACGAACAGUUUGCAGGAGAGAAGGCUCAACGGAGAGGUAGCGUCGGAUCGUUGGAUAGCGGAAUGUCGGUUUCAUUUCAAUCGACAUCGGCGAGCUCUUGUUCGAGAUCCGAUAAAUUAGCGGGGAAGCAGUUGGGUAAGGCGGGGAUCCACAAUCACCAGGGGUUCCUCGGCGGCAUUUUCAAUAAGAAGGCUAGUGGAGGGCAACCGAAGUUGACGGAAGUUUAAAUAGGAAAAAUGCUUCUUUUUUUUGUUUUAGUCAUUUGGAAUUCGAAAGAUUUUGACCGCAAAGCCUUCACUGUCCGUAUUCUAACAAGCUUAAUAGUAACGAUACUAUUGAACGAUAAGCGCAUAUAUAAGACUGAGAUGCUUGUAUUUAACGAAAGACAACAAAACAUUUUGAAUGUGUGAUAUGAAUUGUGUUUAGUAUGAUUAUAUUUUAUUAAUUUAUAUUCAGAUAUUAGAUGUGCUUUGUGUGGAUUAGUGAAGUUUUUCGGGCCUUAUCACUACGAAAACAUCACAAUGUUUUAUUAACUUUUCUCGAAUUGCCGAGUAUUUUUAUAAUUUGUAUAUACACACGCGCGCGCACAUUUCCCUUUUUUCGAUUAUCGGGGACAAUAUUUAAGGAAUUUACAUUUUUUUU